AUGGCGGGGUGGCGGCAGGCAGCGACGGGUAUGGCGGGUAUGGCAGGCGACGGGCAUGGGCAGGGUAUGAGACGGGGUAUGGCGGGUAUGGCAGGAUCCAACACCUACAUCGAUCCAACACCUGCACAGAUCCAACACCUGCACAGAUCCAGUACCUGCACAGAUCCAACACCUGCACAGAUCCAACACCUGCACAGAUCCCAACACCUGCACAGCUCAACACCUGCAGACCCAACACCUGCACAGAUCCAGUACCUGCUGCACAGAUCCAACACCUGCACAGAUCCAACACCUGCACAGAUCCAACACCUGCACAGCUCCAACACCUGCAGAUCCAACACCUGCACAGAUCCAACACCUGCACAGAUCAACACCUGCACAGAUCCCAACACCUGCACAGAUCCAGGCACCUGCACAGAUCCAACACCUGCAAAUCCAACACUACACAGAUCCAACACCUGCACAGAUCCAACACCUGCACAGAUCACUUACCUACAGAUCCCUUGCCUGCUGAAUCCAACACCUGCACAGAUCCAACACCUACAGAUCACUUACCUGCUGAAUCCCGAAUCAACACCUGCACAGAUCCAGUACCUGCUGAUCCCAACACCUGCACAGAUCCGUGCCUGCACAGAUCCCAACACCUGCACAGAUCCAACACCUGCACAGAUCAACACCUGCACAGAUCAACACCUACACAGAUCCAACACCUACACAAGAUGUAACACCUGCAGAUCAACUUUUGCUGGAUCCAGCACCUACACAGAUCACUUUUCACACCAGAUCCCAACACCUGCACAGAUCAACACCUGCACAGAUCCAGUACCUGCACAGAUCCAAUCCAACACCUGCACAGAUCCCAACACCUACACAGAUCCAACACCACACAGAUCCAACACCUGCACAGAUCCAACACCUGCAGAUCAUGCCUGCACAGAUCCCAACACCUGCACAGAUCCGAGUACCUGCUGGAUCCAACACCUGCCAGAUCCAACACCUGCACAGAUCAACACCUGCACAGAUCCCAACACCUACACAGAUCACUACACAGAUCCCAACACCUGCACAGAUCCAACACCUGCACAGAUCACUUACCUACACAGUCCAACACCUACACAGAUCCAACACCUGCACAGAUCCAACACCUGCACAGAUCGAGAGUACCUGCACAGAUCAGUACCUGCACAAGAUCCCAACACCUGCACAGAUCCAACACCUGCACAGAUCAACACCUGCACAGAUCCCAACACCUACACAGAUCCCUUGCCUGCUGAAUCCCAACACCUGCAGAUCCCAACACCUGCACAGCUCACUUACCUGCUGAAUCCCGAUCCCAACACCUGCACAGAUCCAACACCUGCACAGAUCCCAACACCUGCACAGAUCGUGCCUACACAGAUCCCAACACCUGCACAGAUCCAACACCUGCCCAGAUCAACACCUGCACAGAUCAGUACCCACUGCACAGAUCCAACACCUGCACAGAUCGCACCUACACAGAUCCAACACCUGCUGAAUCCAACACCUGCACAGAUCCAACACCUGCACAGAUCCCGAAAAUGCCUACACAGAUCCAACACCUGCACAGAUCCGAAAUGCCUACACAGAUCCAUACCUGCACAGAUCCAACACCUGCACCAAGAUCCAACACUGCACAGAUCCAGCGGUACCUGCACAGAUCCAACACCUACACAGAUCCAACACCUGCACAGAUCCAACACCUGCACAGAUCAACACCUGCACAGAUCCGAGUACCUACAGAUCCAACAUACCUGCACAGAUCCAGUACCUGCUGAGAUCCAACACCUGCACAGAUCCCAACACCUGCUGAAUCCAGUACCUGCACAGAUCCAACACCUGCUGGCUCCAACACCUGCAGAUCCAACACCUGCACAGAUCCCGAGUACCCCUGCACAGACCCAACACCUGCACAGAUCCAACACCACACAGAUCCAACACCUGCACCAGAUCCAACACCUGCACAGAUCGUGCCUGCACAGAUCCCAACACCUGCACAGCUCCAGCACCUGCACAGAUCCCAGCACCUGCACAGAUCCAACACCUACACAGAUCCCAACACCUACACAGAUCCAACACCUGCUGAAUCCAGUACCUGCUGAAUCCAACACCUGCACAGAUCCAACACCUGCACAGAUCCAACACCUGCACAGAUCCAACACCUACACAGAUCCGGUACCUGCACAGAUCAACACCUGCACAGAUCCAACACACUGCACCAGAUCCAGUGCCUGCACAGAUCAACACCUGCACAGAUCCAACACCUGCAAGAUCCUUGCCAGAUCCCUUGCCUGCACAGAUCCAGCACCUGCACAGAUCGAUGCCUACACAGAUCCAACACCUGCCGAUCGUGCCUGCACAGAUCACACCUGCACAGAUCCCUUGCUGGAUCAUUGCAGAUCAACACCUGCUGAAUCCCGGGCGCCUGCACAGAUCCUUGCCUGCACAGCUCCACUUUUUCACAGAUCCAACACCUGCACAGAUCAGGCCUGCACAGACCCAACACCUGCACAGAUCCAACACCUACACGGUCCCAACACCUGCACAGAUCCAACACCUGCACAGAUCCGUGCCUGCACAGAUCCAACACCUGCAGCUCCAACACCUGCACAGAUCCAACACCUGCACAGAUCCAACACACCUACACAGAUCCAACACCUGCACAGAUCAACACACCUGCACAGAUCCAACACCUGCACCAAAUUCAACACCUGCAGAUCAACACCUGCACCAGAUCCGGUACCUACACAAAUCAACACCUGCACAGAUCCAACACCUGCACAGCUCCAGCACCUGCACAGAUCCAGCACCUGCUGGAAUCCAACACCUGCUAGAUCAACACACUGCACAGAUCCCCACUUACCUGCACGGUCGCUUCCUGCACAGAUCCAAAAGUGUCUCAACCCAGUGUGGCACCACAUUUUACAGUUAGUAUCGCAGGAUUGUGUCAGUGUAGGCGGUUCUAGGGUGAGAUCACGUAACAAGAUUCUGAGAUCACGUAACAAGAUUCUGAGAUCACGUAACAAGGCUCUGAGAUCAAGUAACAAGGCUCUGAGAUCAAGUAACAAGGCUCUGAGGUCAAGUAACAAGGCUCUGAGAUCACGUAACAAGGCUCUGAGAUCACGUAACAAAACUCUGAGAUCAAGUAACAAGGCUCUGAGAUCACGUAACAAGGCUCUGAGAUCACGAAACAAGGCUCUGAGAUCACGUAACAAGACUCUCAGAUCAACCAAUGGCUUCCAAUUUUGA